UCUGUGCCAUCCAUCAUCAAAUCAUUUCCUUGUUUAUUUUUGUUUUGGUUCCGACCCGACCUAUACACUUCGCACACAACCGACACAACACACAGAGUAUUUCAAAAAAAGUGUUAAAAGUGCUAAAAAUCCACAAAAAUGUCUAGUUCUGAAUCGGAAGAUGAAAAUAUCAAACGAUUCUUGGAAGCUGCCGAUACAACGUUGAUUAAUGAUGCAAUGUUUCAGAAGAACUCUGAUGAAAAUCUAAACAAACCAGAAAAAGAUGUUCCUGCAAUUAAAUCGGUUGUUUCUUGUAAAUCAAACCGUUAUUUGGUGGAAGAGGAAAAUGUGUUUCAAAGUGAUAUCAAUGUGUCUGAAUCCAUGAGAAAAUUUGUUGGUAAAAAGCUGUCUUCAAUAAUUGAACAAACUAUCACAUUUGUGGAACUAAAUGACAAAAACUCACGCAAAUCGACACAAAAUUCAUCCAAUACCUAUGGAGUUAAGCUGUUGCGAGAUAGUGGCGCAUAUCUACAAACGAAAGAUGCGAUUGAAACUGAAUGUUCGCUACCAAAAAUCAGUAAUAUAAAACCAAUAAGAAAGCGAACACUUGAAGUGGACGUUUCUAGCGAAAAGGAGAAGCUCAUGAAGGCUGCCAUCGAACCAUGUUCUGUUCGGGAUUCGACAAAAUGUUGGACCAACAGACCAAAGGCGGUUGUCUACGAGUACAAAACUGUGGGUUCGAUUAGCGUACUUCAGGAGCCCGUGAAUGAAUUCACGAGUAUGAAGCGCAAGAAAGCAUGGAAUGAUUCUAAAAUUAUGAAAUUUAGGAAAAAAUGCUAAAGGACAGUAAAGUGUUAAGGAACUUACAUUUUUCCCUAAUAAAUAUUCAUAGCAUGUUUUCAAAAUUUUGUUCAGAAAGUGAAACUUUAAUGCCGAAUAAAAUAAAACCAAUACAUUAUUCUGUACAUUA